GUUGCCUCCAAAUGACUGCAUCUGUCUUGUCACCUGAUCGAAUCCAGGAAGCAAAGCGUAACAAGCCCUUGCAUUCUGACAUCCCUGUAGUUAUCGACAGAGAAAGACUAACUAGAUCGAUAUCUUAGUUCAUUAAGUCACACAGCGACACCAUGGUUCAAUGUUUCCUGAUCCAUACCGUUAACCCGGUAAGCACUCUGGCCCCCGGGGAGAGCCGCGUGCUCUACUCCCGUGUGUUUGGACCGGAGGAGGGCGCGCUGACUGGGGCGGACAGUGAACUGGGACCGGAACAGAGGCGGCUUCUGCAAAAUGAGAAGGUAGCGGUGGUGGCGAGGCAGGUGCGUAGUGCAGUGACCCUGUCCCGUGAGGCGUCUGGCCGGGUGUUGGUAGAGACCGUACUGGGAGAGGAGCUGGUGGCUCUCCAAGAGGCUGACAGCGGGGUUCAGCGGCUGGGGAGGGGAGAGCCCUGGGCUGGGGAGAGGAGUGCUCUGUGGCUGGGGGUCCAGAGCCUAGCCUUCACCCUGGUCACUGAGCCCCAUGAGAACCUGCUUCUGGCUGAGGGGACCCUGAAGAGCAUCACCAGACACUGUCUGGAACAUCUACGCAUGCUGGGGUCGGGGAGUGAGGUCCUGUUGAAGAGUGAACGUAUCGAUGUCCUGCUCCACCGUCUAUUACCACACGGUCAGCUGCUGUUCCUCAACCAUCGCUUCACUCAGAGUCUGGAGAAGGAGCUGGCUAAUUACAUGGCCCAAUGAGAGAGAAGGAGAGGAUGGCGUAUUAUGCCAAAAAAGAAGGUCUGAAAACGGCAAGAUGCCAUCCAAACUUAAAAAACAAAACAAAUAGCUUGUUGUUCAACUUAAUGUUGAAAACAUUUUUAUUACGCCGCUCUCUAAUGAACACUACCCUUGGAGAAUAGGAGUGAUCUACACGGACCUUCCUCUUCUCUCCCUUGGGAUAGCAC